GCCUGUCCUUUUGUUUCGAUUCACCUAUCCGUGGAGAUGGCUGCCAUCGAUGCCACCAGCGUCAGCAACAGCAGCAGCAAUGGCAAUAGCAACAAUGCUGUGGUGGAUCACGCUGCAGUGGCAACGGUGAAUUCUGAUAAUGACAUCCAGCAGGAAAGAGGUCGGUCACUGCAGGCUCAGUUUGGGGACCAGAGUAGUCGACUGCCACGGAGGAAGAUUAUUACGAUCUUCCUUGCAUGUGCCACGGUCGACUUCGUAGCACUCAUUGAUCAAACGACGCUCGCUGUGGCGCUUUCUACAAUCGGGAGUGCUCUACAUUCUAGUAGCCAGACUAGUUGGAUCGCCUCGGGGUAUUUCAUAACAUCCACUUCUUUUCAACUCCUCUACGGCCGGCUAUCAGAUAUCUGGUCUCGUAAAUAUGUCCUCUAUACUGGCCUCGCAAUCUUCUUCAUCGGUUCUCUCGCGUCCUCGUUAAGCACCUCUGUUAUCCAGUUGAUAGUGUUCCGUGCUAUUACGGGUAUCGGUGGUGGUGGACUGAUGACGGUUGCACAGAUCAUUGUCUCGGACGUUGUUAGUUUGAGGGAGAGGGGCCGGUACCAGGGGAUUCUAGGUGCAGUAGUAGCCAUCUCGAACGGCAUAGGCCCCUUGAUAGGAGCCGCACUCGCUUCAACUUCUCAGGAUGGCUGGCGAUGGAUCUUCCGCCUUAAUCUCUUCACAGCAGCUUUCACAACGACCUGUUGCCAUUUCUUCAUGCCCUUGCGAAAGACUCGGGGACAUUGGAAAGAGAAAUUAAAGGCUGUUGAUUUCUGCGGUGUGGGUUUUGCGCUCAUCGGCUCAACCCUCCUGAUUCUCGGUCUAAUCUGGGGCGGAAGUCACCGAUCAUGGAACGCACCAGUCGUGAUCUCUUCUCUAACACUCGGCUUCGUCUUUUCCAUUGCCUUUAUCGUCUGGGAAUGGAAAGGGACAAAGCACCCCUUAGUACCUAUGCACAUUUUCAAAUUCCGCAUGGUCAAUGGCGCAUGCCUCACCAUGGCCAUUAACGGCUGGUUAUUCUUGACACAGAUUUACUACAUCCCGACUUUCUUUCAACUUGCAUAUGGAUACUCGGCCAUCAAAGCGGGAGCUUUGUUGCUGCCGCUAACUCUUGUUCAGACUUUUAGCAGUACUCUCUCCGGUUUGAUUGUGUCUUGGCGUGGCCGCUACAGAGAAAGUAUAUUACUCGGUUGGGUCCUAUGGGCAGUUGGACUGGGUCUCUUCUCAACGCUAGACAAGCAUUCAAAUCUUGGCAAGCAGAUCGGUUAUCUCAUUUUGACGGGUUUCGGUGUUGGACAAACACUCCAACCGUCUCUUAUUGCUAUUCAAGCAGGCGUCAGGAAAGAGGAUAUGGCUGUAGUUACUGCUACGAGGAACUUCAUCCGCAAUCUUGGCGGCACCUUUGGCCUUGCUGUCGCUGGCACGAUCAUUAACUCCUGCAUCCUCAACGCCAUCUCCUCGCCGGCACUCGGUCUCUCACCCUCCGAAAUCAACGCGAUCCUCAACGACCCUUCAUUCAGCGGCAGCGUACUCUCCUCCAACAGCGCCGCGCACCGCGUUGACGUGUCCGCCACCGUUCUCGCAGCCUACCAGCGGGGAUUCCGCAUUGUAUUUAUUGUGGGGGCAGCGUUGGCCGCAUUGUCGGUACUACUCGCAGCGGUCUUGAUGCCACAGAUUGAGAUCAAGCACGAGAAAAAAGUCAAGGAAGAUGAGGAAAAAGGGAAGGAAGAUGAGGAAAAGGUGAAGGAAGAUGAGGAAAAGGUGAAGGAAGAUGAGGAAAAGGUGAAGGAAGAUGUCGAAAGGAGCUAAGACUGUGGGAGCAAAAUAUCUGGAGCUGGACAGGAAGAAACUAGAGAAAAGGAGGGGGAGAGCAUGGCGCGUGGUACGUGAUGGAGGGGAUCGGGCAAAAAAGGGCUUAGACAAAGUGAUUAUGCUUCGUCUCCUUCCUUUCCCGUGGUUGUUAGAAGCGUAUUUCUGACUCGAACUUCAAAAAAAGUUGGAUGAAUACAGCUGCGUAUAUCCUUGUAUAUACCCUGUCGUAUCAAUUAGAUGAGCAAGGUAAACAUAGAUGAUUCAUCUGAAUGAGUU